CACCACUUCUCACCACUUCUCCCCCCCCAUCCCCACCAUGUCCCAACUCGCCUCCUCCCGUCUCCUCUGCUUCGACGUCUACGGCACCCUCGUCGACUGGGAGACGGGCAUUCUCGCCGCCUUCCAGCCCACCCUCGACCAGUCCCACGCGCAGUUCCCCGCCGAGCAGCUGCUGACCCUCUACCACGAGCUGGAGCGCCACCAGCAGACCCAAACCCCGGACAUGCCCUACUCGCAACUGCUGGCCACCAUCCACCCCGUCUGGGCGACGCGUCUCGGUCUGCCCACCCCGUCCCUCGAAGCGAGUCUCCGGUUCGGCGACUCGGUCGGAAACUGGCCCGCGUUCCCGGAUACCGUCGCGGCGUUGACGCGGCUGGCGCGGUAUUAUAAGCUGGUGGUGUUGUCGAAUGUGGAUCGCGAGUCGUUUGCCAAAACCAACAAGGGCAGUCUGCAGGGGUUUCCGUUUGAUCUGGUGAUCACUGCGCAGGAUGUCGGGUCGUAUAAGCCUGAUGUGCGGAACUUCGAGUACAUGCUGCGGACGGUGAAGGAGAGGUUCGAGGUCGAUCGCGCGCAGGUGCUGCAGACGGCGCAGAGCCAGUUCCAUGACCACCACCCGGCCCGCGCGGUCGGGAUCAAGUCGGUGUGGAUUGUAAGGCCCGGGGCGAUUAUGGGGAAUGUGGCCGAGGCGGUCUUCGAUUGGCGGUUCGACACGCUCGGGGAAAUGGCUGAUGCGGUGGGGGAGUAGCGGGUUUCUUCUCUCUUUCGUCUCUCUGUUUCUUUCGGGGUUAUAGUACAUUGCGGGACCUCUCCGUGGAAAUAUACCUUCCCGGGAGUCGAGAUACUGAGGCACUAUUGGGUGUUAUUGCCAGUGUACUUCUGGAUUAGGACCUCCUCUGGAAUUGCAGGUCUCGCUUACGGUCCCAUAUAGCUCAGCUCUCACCAUCAAGUUACAAGUUAUGAUCCUUUCCCCAUUUAUC